AGCGGUGAUGUCGGCUCUUGUAGCUCUCCUCCUCUCGACGCCGGUCGCUGCGCUGGUGCCGUGGACAACAGCAUGGCAUCGGGCUGGAGAGAGAGCGAGGACGCGAGUCGCACUACUGAUGCGCGAUGACGUGGACGGAGGUAGCAAUCGCCGGUCUCGAGCGAGGCUGGCCCUUCGACGUUUGGUACGCAGCCGCGGCAAUGAGGACGAGCAUGGGCCGCCGCAGGCGCCAGCCGCCGAGCCGGCAUCCGCCGAGACGCCAGCAGUCGGCGACGUGGGGGCGGCGGCGACACCCGAGGUGAGCCAGCUCGAGAUGCAAAUCUCUGAGCUGACGGCCUCGCUCGCCGGGGGCUUCAAGGACGCUCAGACCGUGUACGCCGUGCAGGACCUGCUCUUCCGCCGCUUCCGCGCAAAGUACGUCGGCCGCGCCCUCUCUGCCGGCUACCUGAGCGACGAGUCGACCGACGCAAAGGCGGAGCUGCUCACCGCCUUCAUCGAGGGAAACGUCACUGCGAUCCGGCGCAGCAUCGCGUCCGGAGAGACUUGGGACUUUGUCUUCCCUCCCGCGCCGUACGCUGCGGACGGCUCCCGCGUGAUGCAGCUCGAGGGGCGCUGCCGCUCGCCGCUCGCGCUGCUGGUGCGGCCCGACGAGGGAAACCUGGUGCGGCUGCUGCCCGGCGUGUCGCAGGCGGAGCGGCUCGCCCUCAUCGAGGAGGCCCUCUCGAGCGGCGCCGCCGACGCAAACUACCCGCGGUGGUACUGGUCGAGCCCCGGCGCGCACGCCUGCUUCGAGGGCGACGUCGAGGCCCUCUCGCUGCUGCACCGCUUCGGACUCAACCUCGAGCAAAAGGUGGAGUGGCUGCUGCAGCCGUCGCCGAGCUUCACGUACGCGCACGCCGCCGCCUUCAACGGCAACGCAAACGUCCUCACCUUCAUGCGGCAGCGCGCGCGGCUCCUCGACGCAAAGUCGCGCUUCGAGUACCGCUGGCGGACAGCGCAGUACCUCUUCCUCGUCGGAGCCGCUUUUGCAAACUCGCUCGACCUGCGCGCGGGCGGCGCAGACCCGGCCGUCGUGGCGAGCUCUCCCGUCUUCGUCGUCUCUACCCUCGCGCUGCUCGGCAGCUGGCAAGCUUGCCUCGUAGCGGGAGAGGGCGGGCUGGGGGCGGGGCACGUCCGCCACGCGUCCAACGGCGCCACUCCGGUAGGCCCUUCUUCUUUUCGGUGGAGUCGGCGGGGGCUCGCCGCUCACUUUGGAUCGGCGUGGAACGUGCUCGACGCCGGCCACUUGCUCGCCAUCCUCGCCCUCCCUCCGCUCCACUUCCUGCCGCAGCAGCCGGCCGACGCCGGUGCCCUCGAGGCGAGCCGUGUCCACGCGAGUGCCUACGCCGUCGCCCAGUCGCUGCCCGGCCUGCUUCAGCUCUCCUUUGCCGUGCGCGGCCUCGAAUACGCCUCGCUCUUCCGCUCCCUCGGCACGCUCGCGCCGCCGCAGCGGAGCCCGCCGUUUCUCUCCCCGCCCCUGAUGCAGCUCCGCUCGCCCCCAGGCCCGCUCCUCGUCACCGUCCGAGGCAUGCUCGUCGACAUCACGCGUUUCGGCGGCUUGUACGCCUUUGUGCUGAUCGGCUUCGCGAACGCCUUCUUCGUGCUCUUCGCGCUCUCGGGCGAGUCGCUCGAUUACGGCGGCUACCCGCGCAUCCUGCAGGAGCAGCUGCUGUGGCUGCUCUCGUCGGUGGACCGCUCCUUGCUCGACGGCCUCACCGGCCAGCUGCAUGCCACCGGGGACGUGCUCUUUUGGGGGUACAUCGUCCUCUCCUACUUUGUGCUGCUCAACCUCCUGAUCGCCGUCUUCAACUCCACCUUCGAAAAGGUCCAGCGGCAGGCCUUCAACGAGUGGCUCUUUCUCCGCAUGGCGACGAUGCUCGACUUUGAGGCGCGGGUGGCGCAGCCGCCGCGUGGUGGCCAGCAGAAUGAGCCGGCCCGCUGGCUGGACGCCUACUACGGCGAGCUCGAAGACACCUCCAACUCGCGCAGCGUGGAGCUGGGCGUCGGCGGCGCGCCCUCGUCCAGCUCUCGCGGCCGGUCGAUAUAGUGUCCAUAGUCGAACACAUCUACCCUUAUAAGUCUCUCGUGUCGGCGCCGACGCUCUUGGUUUAACCGUAGAACGUCCCAGCCGAAAUCC